GCAUGCGCGCUGGCGUCUGCGGCGGGGUUGAGGGAUAGAUUUAUAUCCGCCCGAUCAGCUGACGCUCUGCAUUGCAGCCUGCGGAGUGCAGCGGCGCCAUGUACGCUCUCGCCCUCUUCGCCAGCCUUCUGGUCACCGCUCUGACCACCCCGGUCCAAGACCCGAAGAUAUGUGCUGGGGGCUCAGCCGUGCUGUGCAGAGACCUGAAGACGGCGGUGGAUUGCGGGGCUUUGAAACACUGUCAGCAGAUGGUGUGGAGCAAGCCCACAGCGAAAUCCCUUCCAUGCGACAUAUGCAAAACUGUUGUCACUGAAGCUGGGAACUUGCUGAAAAACAAUGCCACCCAGGAGAAGAUCCUUGGUUACCUGGAGAAGACCUGUGAGUGGAUUCACGACUCCACUCUGUCGAGCUCAUGCAAGGAGGCAGUGGAUUCUUACCUGCCUGUCAUCCUGGACAUGAUUAAGGGGGAGAUGAGCAACCCCGGGGAAGUGUGCUCUGCACUCAACCUGUGCCAGUCUCUUCAGAAGCACUUGGCUGAGCAAAACUACCAGAAACAGCUUGAGUCCAACAAGAUCCCGGAAGUAGACAUGGCCAGUGUGGUUGCCCCCUUCAUGGCCAAUGUCCCUCUCCUGCUGUACCCUCAGGAUGGCCCCCACAGCCAGCCACAAUCCAAGGUGAACGACGAUGUCUGCCAGGACUGUGUGAAGAUGGUGACUGACAUCCAGACUGCUGUGAGGACCAACUCCACCUUUGUCCAGGGCUUCGUGGAGCACAUCAAGGAGGAGUGUGACCGCCUGGGACCGGGCAUGGCCGACAUGUGCAAGAACUACGUGGACCAGUACUCUCAGGUUGCCGUCCAGAUGAUGAUGCACAUGCAGGAUCAGCAACCCAAGGAAAUUUGUGCUCUGGUUGGCUUCUGUGAUGAGGUCAAGAAAGUACCAAUGCAGACCUUGGUCCCUGCCAGUGAGGCCAUCAAGAACAUCUUCCCUGGCCUGGAACUCAUGGACUCCUCCUAUGAGGCCCAGAACAUUAUUUUCUGCCAGGCUUGCCAGUUUGUGAUGAAGAAGUUGUCCGAACUAAUUAUUAACAAGGACACUGAGACACUGAUAAUUAAAGCUGUGGGCAAAGCAUGCACCCUGCUCCCUGCUCCCGCUUCGACCAAGUGCACCGAGAUGCUGGAAACGUUCGGCCCCUCCCUGCUGGACAUCCUUUUCCAUCAGGUGAGCCCAGGCUUGUGUGGCUUGGUCCACCUCUGUUCCGGCAGCCCUGAUUCGGUGGAGACGCUUGAGCAGCCUCCGUUGCCCAUCGUGCCUGCGGUACCGAAACAGCCCGAACUGCCCAGACAGCCUGCAUUGCGUGCGCACGUGCCUCGGAAGACUGGUGGCUUCUGUGAGGUGUGCAAGAAACUGGUCAGCUAUUUGGAACACAACCUGGAGAAGAACAGCACCAAGGAGGAGAUCCUGGCUGCACUUGAGAAGGGCUGCAGCUUCCUGCCUGACCCCUACCAGAAGGAGUGUGACGACUUUGUAGCCGAAUAUGAGCCCGUGCUGGUGGAAAUCCUUGUGCAAGUGAUGGAUCCUUCCUUUGUGUGCUCGAAAAUCGGGGCUUGCCCUUCUGCCUCUAAGCUGCUGCUAGGAACUGAGAAGUGUGUCUGGGGCCCUAGCUACUGGUGUCAGAACAUGGAGACUGCAGCCCGGUGCAAUGCUGUCGACCAUUGCAAACGCCACGUGUGGAACUAGUUUUCCAGCUUGCAGAAACUGCCCCCUACCUGUGGGCCUAGGAUAAUGAACACAGAUCUCUUUGACUUCCUUCUAAGUAGGACCCCUCCCCUCCCCCACUUUUGUCAUCCUUCCCCCAUCUUGUAGCAUCGCUGUCAUGUAAGAGUGUCCCCUUUCUGCGUGGAGGAGGAGGACAUUCAGGGCAUCAGCCCUCCAGCUGCCCGCUCACCCACCUGCUGGAGGGGGUGUUGAACCAGAGGGCAGGAACGUCUCCUGAGCCCUGACUUGGUGUACAGGGGGUGGGGGCUUCUGUGGCUGCCUCCUCCUAAAGAGGGAGCUGCUCACCUUCCUGUGGUACCAAGGAGAUUCCUAGGGAUUGAUUCGAAGCACAGAAUAAUCAGGUCUUUAGGAUGAUGGGAAUUGCCAUCGUCACAUACAGAGAUUUCAGAAGCACCUGCACGUGGCUUGCUUGGGAUGCUGCCAUCUAGGUCAGCCUUUCGCUCUGCUUUGCCUGUGUCCCUGUCUGCCUCCUUUGGGGUUCUGUGGGCUAGGGUGGGAGAGGAAACUUCUGAAUGUAACUUGCCCAUGCCAUGUGGGCCUGCCUUUGUUGUGUGCGGCCCAGGAGCAGUGUUGGCUGUCAGGGCCCUGCGCGCCCCUUUCCUACCUUGUACCCCGCCCGUUGACCUGCCCUUUCAUCUUAUGGAUGGAGCACCUGCCUGGCAGCGGGUGCCGCACUGGGGCCUCUAUGUGGAGUGGUGUCUGGAACUCUGAAGAGCUGCAGCUUCUCUUGUGCCUCCAGGAUGGGCAUGUGCAGCUAAAUGGACCUAGAUUUUAAUUUGUUUUGCACUAAGGUUUCUGUGACUUAAUAAAGUUCUGUUAACCAGG